AGUGUUACUUACUUACCAUGGAAGCACUGUUAUCCAAGCGUGUACAAGAAAUGGUGAGGAAUGGUGAGGAACCACCUCCACCUUAUGUUCGUAGAGAUGUUAACUAUACACAAAUCGUGCCUUCAACGUUAUGUUCACCACCCAUCAUUGAUUUUGGGCUCAUAUCUUCAUCAACACCAUUAACCAAACAAAAAGAAGAGCUGCAAAAGCUAAGAUCAGCUCUCUCCUCUUGGGGAUGCUUCCAGGCAAUAAACCAUGGCACAUCAAGCACACUUUUGGACAAGGUUCGUGAAGUUGCAAGGGAAUUUUUUACGCAGCCAAUGGAACAAAAGAAGAAAAUUUCCAAAGGGGUGAAAGAAUUUGAAGGGUAUGGUGCGGAUCCAGUUCCCGAAGAAGGUCAGUUUUUAGAUUGGUCAGAUCGUUUGUGCCUUGAUGUACACCCUGAAAAUAGAAGGAAGUCAAGUUUGUGGCCAGAAAAUCCUUCUUCUUUUAGGAAAAUUGUGGAAGAAUACACAGCAAAUCUGAGAGAGGCAACAAAUCUUAUUUCUAGAGCUAUUGCUAAGUCAUUGGAUUUAGAAGAAAAUUGCUUCUUGAAUCAAUUUGGUGAACACGCACUACUGCAAGUGAGGUUCAACUACUAUUCCUGCUGUGCUCAACCUGACAUUGUGCUCGGGCUUAAACCCCAUGCAGAUGGUUCAGGGUACACCAUUAUACUGCAAGAUGACGUUGAGGGCCUCCAAGUCCACCGUAAGGAUAAGUGGUUCACAGUUUCCACAAUUUCUCAUGCCCUAUUUAUACUCAUGGGUGAUCAAAUGGAGAUAAUGACUAAUGGAAUUUUCAAGAGUCCUAUGCAUCGGGUAUUGGUGAACUCCAAGAGGGAAAGAAUAUCUGUUGCAAUGUUCUAUACUCCAGAGCCAAACAAAGAAAUUGGACCAGAACAAGGUUUGGUGAAUGAAGAACAACCGAAGCUGUUUAAGAAAGUGAAAGAUUAUGCUGAUACGCAUUGGGAAUAUUAUCAACGAGGAAGGAGAGCAAUUCAUGUAGCAAAAGUAUGAACCACAGUUGUUGCAUUUGUGUGUGAUUAUAAAUUCAACAAAAGAAAACAUUUAUGGUGAGAG